AUGCUCAAGGUGACGUACUCGGAGGGCUACGAGCAGGAGCCGCGCGACUACCCCUUCUUCCGGGUCAAGGGCAACCGGCUGGACGCCGAGCACGGUCGGCUGAUCGGGCCACACGAUGAGGUCCGGCUUGAUGUGGUAGCCAGGACGACGAUGUGCUACGAGCCAUUCUGGUUCCGCACGUUUCGCCUGCUGCGGCUGCAGGUCUGCGUGGAUGAGCCAGGCGCCGUGACGCUGCAGUCGCUUGCAGCCGUGCAGACAAAUUACCCGCUGGAGGUGCAGGCAAGCUAG